CCGCUUCGGCUCGGCCCGGCCCGGCCUUGCCUCGCCUCCAGGUAAGAAGAUGGCCAAAAAAAAUUGCCUCAAAAAAUCUUUCCAAGACAGCCUGGAAGAUAUAAAGGAACGAAUGAAAGAGAAGAGAAAUAAAAAACUAGCAAAGCUUGGCAAAAACAAUUCCAUCUUAUCUGCAAAGUGCAAAAUAAUCACCAAUAAUUCCACCCAGCUGAAAAGUUUCCAAGAAAACAACAGAGCGCUAGCUCUUGCUUUGGAAGAUGAAAGAAACAAGAUGCGAGAAGCCCAAACAGCCAUUCUGCAUUUGAAGAAAGAGUGCCAUUUCCUGAAAUUUCAGCUAUUUGGGCUUAAAAAAAAGCUUAUCUCUCAGAGGGCAGAAGAACCUGCACAGGCUAAAUUGUCAACUUUGAGAGGGAUUAUUUAUCAGGUCACCCAAAAAUUGGUAGAAACAGUUGACCUUCUUAAUCCAGCUAAAGACUUGUGUUCUUCUGAUCUUGAUCAGAGAAUAUAUUCCACAUUGAGAGAAGAAUACUUUGGGGAUGAUACUCUCACUGAUUUAACAGUAAAGGAUUCACGGGAAUUUCCAAGAUGUGUCCCUAUUCAUGAUGCUGGGCUACCAAGGAAAUCAGAAGUAUUUCAAAUGGAAGAUAAUGCAGCCGCAAAGAAGGAAAAGCAACUUGGAAUGACUUCUGGCCAGUCCUCUGGAAAUACUAUUACAAUCAGGAAAAAUUCUUUUAGAAGUACUGGUAGAAGAUCUGAUGUUCCUCAAGACCCACCGGAUUUUAAUAUUGAGAGUUCUUCGAAUGAAGAGGGUAGACCCACCUGUACUAGCUUACCCAAAGGAGUAUCUACCCGGCGUCACCGUUUGACAAAAAGUCAUAAUGAAUUAUGUGAUACUAUGCUUUUGGGUGAUUUGGAAACUACUUAUUUGUCAAGGGAAUUUUGUGAACGGGAUGGAACUGCAUUUAGUGAAAAUCCCACAGGCACCCUUGCAAUUGAAAAUCCUGAAGAAAAUAUUUGUCUGUAUGGCCAAGACCAGAUCACGUCAGUGAUGCUGAUGCAACCAGGUGCACCCACUGAAAUAAAAUGUACCCUUUUGGAUCCUCAACAGAAACAAAUUCAAGUUAAAAAUCGAGAUGUUCAAGCAGAAACAAGGCCACAGAAAAGAAAAUCCAGUGGGAUAAGAAAGCCUUCCAAAUCCGCAUCAAGAAGUAAAGAGCGGCAAAGCCGUGGUAAAAAGACAGGCCCUAAGGAGAAACUGGAAGAAUCAACUGGCACUGGUGAUGCCUACGAUUUUUAUCUUGAGGAGAGUGUUCACCUCACACCUUUCCGACCAAGCAAGGUGAACAAGGAGGAGAUGGAAGAAAAAUGCAUGACUGAUGAUAAUUUGAAAGAAAAAAGUGUGAGUUUGCCCGAAACGAGCAGCAGUGAAUCGAGUGGUGCCGAAGAGGAUUCAGACGAGCUCUAUGUACCUUUUAAAAAGAAGUCCAAAUUCAUGCAGAGUUUGGCUUGCAAAUCUGAUAUGGGCUCAGUCCCCAUGAGACCUCGUUCCAAGAGGUCAUUAAAGCCACAGAAAUAUGUUGAUGAAAAAGAGAACAACACCGCCAAGCUGACAAAUAUUGGUGCAGAUUGUGAAAAUCAAAAUCACUUGAAAGCUGUGUCCAUGGAUGAUCCUUCCGUGUUCAAGAUGGUUGAAAUGAAUUCAGAAGGAAAUGAAGAGGAAGAAGAAACAAGGAAGAACUUGUCCUCAGCAGAUAAUCAUUCCCUGAGGGAAGUGAAAGUUCUCCACAUAGGUGCAACCUCUGGAACUUGUCAAACCCCUCACCUCGGCCUGAAGGAUGUCACCAACAUCUCCUCGCCCUCUACUGCAAACUGCAGAAAUCGGUCCACCCCAUUCACCUGUACUGAGGAGAAGCCUGCUGUUUCCAUGCGGAAGCGCCGCUGCACCCUCAGUGUGAACUAUAAGGAGCCUGCACUUGCCACGAAACUCAGAAGAGGAGACCCGUUUACGGACACGUAUUUUUUGAAUUCUCCGGUUUUCAAGCAGAGGAAAUCUGGCAAACGCCGCUCUCUUAAAAAGGAUUCGCUCUCCAAAUACAACGAAGCUUUUGUUGGGUGUCGUUGAAAUUCAUCUUACACCCUCUUGUGCUGUUCAGGGAUUUUUAUGGGAUGUCACAGUAGUAGAAGUGCUGUAAAAAAGUUCUGCUUUUAAAGGAUAUUGAAAUCAUGGGAACUUCGUUUUUAAGAAAAUAGUUGUCUUGGACCUUCUAUGCAGAUCUGUUAUAGGAAAAUUAAUGUUUCCUAUUGUAGAAAUAAUUGGAACUACCUUUUAAAGCCUUAAAUUGAUUUGUGAGUAAAACUUAGUUUAAGUAGUAAUAGUUACUCCUCUUUUUAGUUUCCACAUAAAUGGAGAAUGAAGUCCUGAGCAUAAAUCUGUAUAUAUCUCUUGUGAACUCUGUAUGACAACUACUGGAAGCAAUAAAACU